AUGUCCUUGAAUUUGAUGGUGAAGUCACUUGUGAUUCACUCUAUGAUUGAUGCCAUUAUGCCAAUUAGUCCAAUUCGAGUUCUUCCUUUCUCCUGUGGCUGUUCUUCUCAGGCAAGUGUUGCUGUUGGCAAAAGUCCCCCAAGAAAACCAAAAUCGGAAUCAAGUCAAAAUGUAACAAGUAAAACAAGCAGCAGGAGAAGUUCAUCCAAAGGAAGAACUAAGAACUCAUUUGGUUGGUUGCCUCUGGCAAAGCUCAAUAUAUCUGGUGGGAUACAAAGAUUUAUCAGGACUACCAUAAAAGGUUUCUCUCAGUUAUUUGUUUACAAAGAGGAGAUUGAGGAAGUGACAGUAGAGAUGGAAAUUGGUUUUCCAACAGAUGUGAAGCACGUUACACACAUAGGAUUGGAUGGGACAACCACGACCAACCCUGUAAAGGGCUGGGAAGAUUUCAUCCCUCCUGAUCAUAUUAUGGCUUUCCCUUCAAUUUCUUUAGGGCAAUUGGAGCUGGUCAUGGCUGCCCAGACUCAAAAUGGACACUUAUUGUUUGAUUGA